UGGCAUGUCACGUCAUUAUAAAUUGCUUUGGGGUGGAGAGUUAGCACGUGUGAUGUCUUUUCCCGCUGUCGCCGGCAUUUUUAGGCAGGCAUCACUUUCAAAGCUCUACUGUGUACGAUUAGUUUCAAACCAAGUGGGCAAAAUGUCUCAAGUUUACUUUGAUAUAAACAUCGACAAGCAGCCACUAGGCAGAAUUGUGUUUCAGGUAAUUCAAAUUUAACCUUGAAUAAAAACUUAUUUUAAUACAAUGUGAAACAAUUCUUACGGUGUCGGUAAUUAACCCUCAGCCUCUUAGUACUAGUGCUACUAUAAAACUAUAGUUAUAGUACUGACCUACUUACUACUUUUUUUUUGCAUCAUUCAUUAGUGAAAUUAGUGCCAUUAGCCUCAAUACCGGUUAAUAUUUUGCUAAUUAUUGCCUGUGACCCAGGCAUUAUUUUGGAAUGAGCCAAUAUUUGAAAGGUUUGCAAAAUAUUUUGUAACUUUUUUGUUUUAAACAAUUGAUUCAUUUAUCAUUUAGAAUCAUGUAGACCAUAGAGAAUUAUCUGUUCAGAAAAAAUAGCAUAAAUAAAAUAAACAAAUAGCAGACGUGUUUACUCUUAUCAUGUUCAAUGUAAGAUUUUGAGAUGUCUUUUACAUUGUAUUGGUAGAUUAUUUUAAAAAUUAUUUUGUUCAACUGAACUGCAGCGAUUGAGAAAAUUAGGGUAAAUUUUGACUAAGAUUGCCACUAUUUUCUCAAUGGCCGCCAUCUUGGUUAACACAUAGGUGUAUUCUAUCUAUGCCUAACCUGAACCCUAAAUCGAUCCCUAUGCCUAACAUGAAACCCAAAUCGAUCCCUAUGUUGUAGAUACUUUGGUCAAAAAUUUAAACAUUUUGUAAAAAUAAACCAAUGGCACAGUUGAAUAGAGCUAAUUUUUUACAGAAUUAUAACACCAAAAUCAUAUUUUUAGCUGUUGCAGUUUUAAAGUUGUGAAUUUUUAAAGUACAACUUGGUUUGUCCUUUUUUAACAUGGACUGCAUCUCCACAUUCUGUGACCUCAUUCCGCUGAUCGCGUCAUGCGCAAUGACUAUAUAGUUUAUAUAAGGCAACGCAUUCCCUUAUCACUAAAAUACUGUUUAGGGUCGACUUGUUUUAAACUUUCAACUUUGGCACAUGAAUAAUUAAUUAAAGCUUUCCCUGACCAAUGGUUUAAUAGCUUUUGCACACAGCAAACUCUUAUGAAUGAAACUCUGAGAUAGUACUACGAUAUAGCUAUAUUCAGUUUGCGCAUACGGAAAAAAGACGAGAAAACUGAAGUGGCCAUGUUACAAUCGCUUCUAUGGUGACCUUGGGUUUUAUGCGUUUUACGUCAGUUUCCUAUUUGUACAUUUAUUUUGUCAUCAAUUACGAUAAAUAUUUUUCUUCUGGUGACGCACAUAUCUUUAGACCAACUUGAUUUAUCUCUGUUCUUUUGUUGUCACUUUGACCAUACGGUAACAGACCUGUUUACUCUUACGAUUUUGGCGUACAAUGUACGAUUUUUAGAUGUCUUUUACGAUUGUACGCCAAGACCUUCCAAAACUACAAUUUUCAGAGACACAUUGGAAAAAAAAUUCCCCCGAUUUAAAAAAAUUAAUUAAAUUUCGGGUUUGGACGUUUUAGCCCUUUCUAAUGAAGAUCUGGCAGUGAACACGAACGAGAAAAACGAUUGGUUUUAUUAUUAUUUUUUUUUUUAAAGUUGGGACCAUCCUUAUUAUAUUUCGAAAGUACUCGUGGGGAGGUGGGGUUGUUGAUUACAGAAAUUGGGGCAUACGAGACACGCAUGGGUAGGGGAUUGGUGUCAGUGUCAAAGGAUAUAAAUUAACAACCGUGAUGUAUCGUAUUGAUGGGAUCACAGUGAACUAGCUGGCUGCGUCAACAGUAAUAUUUAGACUAGUCGCCCUAGCGACAACUUCACUCACCAUCGCCUUUGACUGCAACCAAGCUUGUGACGUAGUUUUGUUACAUAAUUAUUUUGUUCCUCAGAACCGGGGCGAUUGUAAAACUAGAGAUGGUUCUUAAAAUAAAAGAGAUGAUCCAACUGUUGUGCAGUGGAGCCUUGGGCUUGGGGCAUACCGGUAUUUCAUAAGAUCCAGUCAGCGACAUUUACAAAAUACUUUGAUAACUCGCAAAUCAGCUCUAUGCCUUCAACGAUUUUAAUACAACACUACCAGGGUUUCUUUCAGCUAGAUGUCGGGGGAGGGGCACUGCCUCUCUCACGGGUUAAGCCAGAUUUUCGUGAUGACAGUUCGGAUGUGUGUGCGGGGGGGGGGGGGGGGUGUCCUCGGCAGAAAGUAUGUGCGUUAUUUAAAAAAUUCUACAACGUUGUCAUCCCGAAACUCUGAAAGUCCAAUAAUAACAUAUUUCUAUCUUGAAUGGUGUCAAAUACCAGCCAAUGUGUAGUAGGAAUUAGAGCCGUGAUGUUUUCAAGGGGUAUUUUCACAAAUCAACUGGCGAGCUAUACUCAAUAGUAGAAGAAUUACAGUACGGUGUUAAGUCUACCGAAUGUUCAAUGCGCGCAUGACAUAUAUUUCAUUGGGCUACGCUAGUGGUUCUAAAAUAUUUGUUUUUUCCGGCGCCUGUGCAAUAUGAGGUUUUCACCAGGCGCCUUGCGAGACAUUCUAACAAGUGCACUUGGACAUAGCGAAUACCAAAAUAAAAAUAAAGGGUGGGAAAAAAAUAAAUAUAACACGUAUGUAGGUCACUGAGCGCCAUCUGGCGCUGCAAACAGUAGAUACUCAACUGGGUAACUGGACUGAAAGAUGUCACAUUGGAUUAAAAGUAAAAAUAAUAGGAUAAUUUAUUGCGCCCUUAAUCUUUGUGUAAAUGGUUUUUUUUAUAGUUGAAUUGACUGUUUAAGUUCCUUUCUAUAGACGAUUUUCACGCGGUUGCUCUUCGUUAUAUUUUCAUGGCCCUGCCCAAGGACAUCGAGCAUCCAGGGCGAUGUAGUCCGAUGUAGCAUAUAUUAUGUGAACCAGUGGGCUGGAUGAAUCACCAGUGGUGAAAACCCAUGUCACAUUUUGUUUACUGUAACAUAAUAUGUAAUGGACGUUGCUAAUUUUUUAUUAUUGUAAUUAAGGGAAAAGAGGGGGGGGGGGUCGUAAAAACUUCUGCGUGCAACGGAAAGGGGGGGGGGGGUUUUUACUGUAACAUAAUAUGUAAUGGACGUUGCUAAUUUUUUAUUAUUGUAAUUAAGGGAAAAGAGGGGGGGGGGUCGUAAAAACUUCUGCGUGCAACGGAAAGGGGGGGGGGGUUUACAUAAUUAGUCUAUUGCGUUACUGUAGUUUUAUUUAUUUACUAUUGAGAUAUUGUAUUGUACGAUUUUGAGACCAGAUUGUACGAUUUUAUGGGCUUGAGGGUAAACAGGUCUGCGGUAAGCUAUAAAUAUGCAUUAAAUGCUCAGUUUCAGCAAUUGCACAACAUUGAAACCUAAAGAAUCGAGUUAAGCAUCCAAAUUGACUGAGGAAUAACUUUGAAAUAGUACAAAUUCUAUUUUCUAGGUUAAUAAUAAACCGUUCAUAUUUUUGUCACCCUCCCAUCACUAGAAGGAAAAAAUAAAUUCUCAUAUUUUGUAUCUUCACCGGAAACGAAAUUCGCUCUCGGUAUCAAUAAAAAAAAAGUUUUAAUAUUCCGUAAUCUUUUAAAAUCUGAAUAAAUCUAAGUAAAUUGUAAUUUUAGAAUACAGAAAUCGAAAAUAUACAUAAAAUCUAAUUUAAGUUUGCUUCCACCUACUAUUUCUAGACCUACAACUGCAAUUUAACUAUAAUUUAUAGGUCAAAGUCUAUUCUACUAUUACUAACUUACUAAGCUUAGCCACUAAGACUAAGUUUUCAGUACCGGUACCAUUUACUAAUCUAUGCUAUAAUAAUAAUAAUUAUACCUAUUAACUAUUAAUACUAAGCCCCAAAGUUUAAUAAACGAAUACAAAUUUUCUAGUUAUUAUCAGCUAUAAGUGUACAUAUAAUAAAGAACAUUGUGUAGCCUAUUUAAAAAUAUUGAAUCAUUAUUUACAUGUACCGGUAUUCAUAAAUUAGUAGUCAUCAUUCCCUGUAAUUGUGCUAUGUAUUUACUUGGAGGAGAUCAACAAAAAAAAAACAAUUUGAUAUUGACAAUGUAGGCUUAUUUUUUUUUAAUGUACCAAUUGAUGAUGAAGUGUUGCUAGACCUCCGGAGCCGAAACAAUGUCGACAGAUUACAUGACAUUUUAAAAUUUUGUAAAGCAUGAUUUUAAAUGCUUUUGAUAUAUUUUAAUACUCUAUUAUAUGUGCUUUAACACUAUCUAUGUUUACUGAAAAUUUGAUUGCAUUAGCUUUAUUAGUUUAAAAGUUGUAUAUUUAAAUGUUCACAGCGAUCGUCGCUCGGCAGGCCUCGUUUUUCUAUCGCUGGCGGAGAAAGUGCCAAGCUUUGUAUAACCUAAUUUUAUGACAAUUAUUUCUUAUGGCUGACCGCAGAGACUACCGAAACGGAGAUAACUAGAGAAUGCAUUCUCAACUGUUAACAUGCAGCAAUAUUAGAUUUUGACAUAUUUCAUAGGACCUUUGAAAUUUAAAAGCGCACAAAACAGCUGUACGAUUUUUAUUACCCUUAUUAUUUUUCACCCAUUUACACCUUGUGGUUGUAAUCAGACCGUAAUUUUUUUAACGGGAAAUAAGCAUAAUGGAUGUUUAUUAUUAUUUUUUAAACAACUUUUUCUAAAAAAUCUUAAGUUACUUGGUUGUUUGGUUUUUUUUUUGUUGUUUUUUUUAUGACGGCCCAAUUUGUUAAAAUUCUUAUGUUAAUGCAUUUUAUUUUAUGGUUAUCAGACUUUGAGUUUGAACCACUGUUAAAUUUAACCAGUGAUUUUAUUUUAACCAGUGACUGACUGAUGUGAUCUGCACAUUCACCUAAAUAUUAAUUGAUGUCUAUCGCAGAUACACAUCUGCAAAACAAAGUGACCGCAGUUUGCAGUUAACAUCAGUCAUUUACUGUUUACCUUCAGUUCCAUUUUUGACAUCAAAAUAACUGAUUCCAUUAGACACGCGAUGCGAGUAGUUAUUGUAUACAUUAUAUUUGCUGUAUUUUAAUUUGUGUUCUGUUAAGAUGCUCUAUUGUACGAUUUUGAGAUGAUGUAUGAUUUUAGGAGUUUGAGGGUAAACAGGUCUGAUGCAAGUAAAUUGUUUCUUGCUGCUUUUUGUAGGUCGAGGCCAUAUUACAGUCCUUUUUUUUUUUUCAUUCCAGCUUUACGACAGUGAUGUCCCAAAGACAACGCGUAAGUUUAUGGAUAUUGCACUUUUGAAAGUAUUUCAUUUGCUUAUGAUAGACGAAAUCAAAAUGAAAAUUUACGUAUCUUAAAUUUUUUAUAAUAUAUUAUAGAGGCAGCUAGAUAAUACUUAGACUUAGAUAUUGUCUGUCUUUUUCUUUCUAAGCCUAAACAUAUCUAGUUUCACUGUUUUUUGUGCAUUUAUAAAAUUAUAACUUUGGUUUCUUUAAUAUUUCAACUAUUAUUUUAUUUUCUUCAGAAAAUUUCAAAGCUCUUUGCACUGGUGAAAAGGGAUUUGGUUUCAAAAAUUCAAAGUUCCACAGGAUCAUUCCUGGAUUUAUGUGUCAAGGGGGUGAUUUUACAAGAGGAGACGGUACUGGUGGCAAAAGCAUUUAUGGUGAAAAGUUUGCAGAUGAAAACUUUACUAGGAAACACGUCAAAGAAGGUUGGUCUUAUUCUGUUACGGUUAAGAAAAAUUUUGAUUUUCUAAUAUUAAAAUGCCUUCAUACUCUUGUGAUGCGCUAAUAAUUUUCACCCGGUCCUCUAGAUGUGUUUUAUGAAGAUAUUGAAUUGAAAAUCGAAAUAAAAUUAUGAAUAUUGUAAUAUUUUGUGGCUUCCUAGGUUGCCCAUUACAUACACUUUGGGAACCAUUCAGUAUAUGGCAUCUCUUUUCUAGAUAUGAAUUGGUAGACAUUUUUACAUCCAGACUGUUUGUUUCAUGUUUUGUUAGCUUAGAUUGAAAUUAGAAUUAAAUGAUGCUAAUAUUUAUAGUUAUUUUACUUGUAUAUGCAGGCUUACUGUCAAUGGCUAAUGCUGGACCAAAUACAAAUGGAUCACAGUUCUUCAUUACAACUGCAAAGACUUCUUGGUAAGUUUAGCUUUGCAAAAGUAAAAAUUAUACAAUGUUCACUUAUUUGACAAACUUAGCUGAAUGUCUUUAACUCUAAAUAACUGACAAAUGGGUGAAAAGUAGGGGUGUGCCGGAAUCCGGUUCCGCCGGAUUUUGCACUAUCCGGUGAAAUCCGGUUCCGCCGGAUUUACAUGUAUCCGGAAUAUACCGGAUUUCGGAAUUUGCCAGAUUUUGUGACUCACCGGAUCAUAAUCUGAAAUAAAAGUAAUUCUCUUUCCCGAAUUCCACACGAUCACGAUACAUUAAUCGAUUGUUUCGAGCGUUGAGCUUGUUUAAUGUUUAAUAUUCCGUACAUACCAGAGGCUAGAGUCAGCACCGCUAAUAGUGGCCAAUAGUGUAGGGACUUUUAUAAGAAAAUUUAAACUUUUUGUAAAAAUAAACCAAUGGCAUAGUUGAAAAGAUGUAAUUUUUUAAAGAAUUAUAACACCAAAAUCAUAUUUUUAGCUGUUGUAGUUUUAAAGUUAUGAAUUUUUAAAGUACGACUUGGUUUGUCAUUUUUUAACAUGGACUGCAUCUCCACAUUCUGUGAUCUCAUUCCACCAAUCCCGUCAUGCGCAAUGACUAUAUAGUUUAUAUAAGGCAACGCAUUCCCUGCCUUAUCACUAAAAUACUGUUUAGACUUAGUUUAAACUUUCAACUUUGGCACAUGAAUAAUUAAUUAAAGCUUUCCCUGACCAAUGGUUUAAUAGUUUUUGCACACGGCAAACUCUUAUGAAUGAAACUCUGAGGUAGUACUACGAUACAGUUAUGCAAGUGGCUGUGAAUGGUUGCCAAUGACAACGUGUUGCACACGGUAAAUUCUGAUCAUUUAUAAUAUGGAUUCUACCGGGUUGUUAAAGCUCAAAUUAAAACAUUCCAGUUUAAAUGUCUUUAAAUGCAUUCUGAAACACAAGUUAUCAAUUAUUUUGAUGUAAAUAGUGAUAAUAUAUUAAUAUUUCCUAAGUAUCGUCAACUUCCGCCAUUAAAAAGGGGGGCGUGGCCAACCCCAUGGCGAAAUUAGGUUGAGCGAGCUGCAUGACCUGCUGCGAACGCGUAGAAACAUGGCGUCUCUCGUAAGACACUUAUCCAAAUGGAACGGAACUCAAAUAUAUAUCGAAAGUACUAAUUUAAUAAUAAAUAGACACACAUCGGAAAAUUAAAAACUCGGAUUUUUUGGCGCCGAUUGCGAAUUCCCUUACACAAAAAGUAGUAGUCCACCUUGACUUAACGAAGUAUCUACCAAUAGUACCAAAAUCCGGGAGAAACCGGAAUCCGGAUUAUUCCGGAAUCCGGAUCCGGCGGAUUUCGCAUAAGAAAAUCCGGAUCCGGUUGGAAAAAACGGAUCCGGCACACCCCUAGUGAAAAGUUUGUAUUUUCUUAUGAGGAAAUUCUCCUUUUAAGCGUACUAAAAGGAUUUAUUAAUGCACAAAUAAAUGAAAGUAAUUUGAGGGUUCUUUUAUUGGUAUUACUCAUGGGUCUGUAGGGACAGUUAAUCAUAAGAAGUUAGCAGUUCCAGUUCUGGUGGUGGAGAAUAUUGUGCUAAAUAGUGUGAAUGAGUGUAAUAGCAAGUGUAUAGUAAAAAUGAGCCACCAGUAUUUUUUAAUUUAAAAAUAAAAAAUAAAAUUCAAUUUACCAAAUGGCUUAAAUUUAAAAAAAAAAAUGUAAGCACGUUUUCUUUAUCUGAAAAAAAAAUUUAGAUGAUAAAUAUUACCAAACGGUCAGUGUGAGAGAACAGAUAAACGGUAGAACAAUAAUUCUACACAAUGUUUAAAGGUCAAGAUACUGGUAAUUUUUUUUAAAAGCUCACUGGAUUCCCAAAUUGGAUUCAUCCUAUAUGACUCCUUGUCCUAUUUACUAUCAAAAUACAGAGGUAUUUAGUGUUCUCACUAUAUUGCGGCUAUUUACUUGUAUUAAUAUAAUUUUGCAUCACCAAUUUUUCGCUAUAUCACAGGAAUUUACAGUAUUUUUAUUUUUUUUGCAGUAAAAUAAACACGAUUUCCAGCCUAAAUAGAAAAUAUUGAAAAUAUAAAAAUGUUAAUUAGAUAUAAACAACUUCUACUUGUUUAGAACUUUUCGGUUCCCUUUUGCAUGCAUUGUAAGAUUCCACUGCCCUUUGGUUUAGACCAAGCCUGCACAACAUGCGGCCCGCCAGCUCCCACUUGGCAGCCCGCGAAGUAACGAAAUAUUCUUUCUUAUUAUUUUCUUAAUAGCUUUUGCCCUGUCCUAUUUUCUUUUGGCCUGCACAAGUUUUUCCAUAAAGUAUUACGUUUUGAGUUGUGCAGUCCUGGUUUAGACUUUAACUUUUAAUAUUAUUUGCACUAUGUGCAAAAAGAAAUUUAGAAUAUUACUGAAGUGGUUAUUCAUGAAAACAGCUGCAGAUUUCAAAUUUUGAUGAUUACUAGCUUUAUCCGGCCAACCAGCGGCCGUCACAAUGUGUGAACUUCCCAUAUACUAGUUAUUUGAUAAAACAUACAUUGAAGUAACUUCUUUAUAAGAUUUCCAAUUAGUGCUACCCCUCACCGGUACAUCACCGCUAGAAUCUAGAAUCUCGUUUAGCGCAUCUCUGGACUUUAAGAUAAAUCAGUGCCAUCUGGUAGCUUAGUGACAUUGUUAUUUAAAGAAUUGUGUAUUCUGAUUCCAGGAGCUUAGAUUGUAAUAUAAAACCAUCAGGUUUUUGAACUGAAAGAAAGUUAAGGUAUAGUAGUUUGUUUUUGAAGGUAAUUGAAAUGACUGGUACUAGUAAAUACAACUGAGUUUCUGAUUGAAUAAUGUUCUUGUCAUCCAUUUUUCAAUUUCAUUAUUUACAGGUUGGACAACAAGCAUGUUGUUUUUGGUGAGGUAAUUUCAGGGUACAAUGAAGUUGUCAAGAAGAUGGAAUCUUAUGGGUCACAAUCUGGAAAGCCUUCAAAACCUGUCAUCAUCGCAGACUGUGGAGUUUUGUAAUACUGGCAACUUAGGCUAUGAGCCUGUUUUCACUAGUUCCGGGUUUUUUUAUAAUUAUUUUAAUUUGUGUUAGUGUUAAUUAUAUUUAUAAUUGGCAAUUUUAUUAAAUGAAAAUUAUGGUACUUCUGCACCAAGUCUGUUAUUGAUCUUAAAUUUUUAAAAAAAUAGCUUUGUUUUUGUGGGGAGGGGUGGACACUCCUGCAUUUCCUGAGUUUAAUGGGUCUUAAGUAGUACAAUAUUCAAAAUGCAUGAUACAAAUAAAAUUUAGUUAACUUUGGGAUGUUUGUAAUUAAUUUUGUUGCAUAACUUUAUGUAUUCUGAUUGAUGUUUGCAUGAUCUUGUUUUAAUAAAAAAAAUAAAUAAAUGAAUUUAUAAUCUCUGGCAUUACAAUCAAAAUUUUGACUUUCUUAAUUCUUUGUGAAAGUUGUGACUGUUAUUUAAAUUAAGUUUUAUUUUAAUUUU